AUGCCAGAGGAGAACGUAAAAGGUGAGGAGCUGUUUAAAGUGAUUCAAGAAUGGAACAACAACAACCUGGACCUGUUUGAGAUCAGCCCUCCUGACCAGAACAUGGAGUUCCACGGCGUGAUGCGGUUCUACCUGGAGGACGCUUCUGGGGAGAACGUCGCCACCAAAUGCCUGAGAGUCUCGAGCGUUUGGACCACGGAGAAGCUCCUCCUUCUACUGUCCCAGAAGAUCAGCCCUGACGUCACGAGGCUCUCUGACGCCCUCUGCCUGUGGGAGGUGCAGGCGGGAAAAGAGCGGAAACUGGAGCCAGAGGAGCGUCCCCUGGUGGUGCAACUGAACUGGAACAAGAGCAACAGGGACGGACGAUUCGUGCUGAAGACAGACGAGGACAGAGAGGAGAGGAACGCGGCAGAAACGAACGUGAUCCAGAACCUCAGGAAGAGCUUCAAAAAACACAACAGCAAACUUCAGAAUCGACCCUCCAUCUUUGCCCAUCGCAGUGAAACUCAGAGACAACACCCCACCCUGGAGCCCCACCCUGGAGUCCCACCCUGGAGCCCCACCCUGGAGCCAGGCCUGGGGUUGAGGCUUGAAUGCGAGCGCCUGGUGGCCGGGCCUUUGCCCACGGGGCCCGGCUGGGCUCAGCCCGAAAGGAAAGACGUGGGUCUCCUGUGGGCUCACCCUCCUGUGGGAUCAUCACCCGCAAAGGGUCUCAUAGGGGGCAGCUGCGAGGAGGACUGGGCAGCGGUCGAAGACGGGCUGAAGGAGUCCUAUCAGGCCCUGCUGGCUCGUGGGACUCCUGAAGCAGCCGACAGGUACCAUCAGGCCAAGCGUGCCGCAGCCCAUGCAGUCACAGAGGCAAAAGCUUGGGGCUGGGAGGAGUUCGAGGAGGCCAUGGAGAAGGACUUGGAGGACUCGUUUCUGAGCGCUGUUAUAAACCACAUAAACAGCUCCACUCUACACUUUAAACUGUCCCCGGCCUUCGUCCUCUACGCAGCCGCCCGCUCCCUCCUCUGUCCACACACAGGCUCAGGGGCCAGGGGUCAGAGGUCAAGGGUCACCGCACUCACAGACAAGAUGGUGGACCACAUGAGGAGGGUCAUACAGAGGAGUCCGACCUCGGGUUGGACUCUGUGCUUCUGGAUGUCAAACCUCUGUGAGCUGCUCCACUUCCUGAAACGAGACUCUGAGCUGCAGCCAAUCACAGAGCAGAGCCAGACGGGGAUGUCCCGCCUCCUGCACCACACCUUCAGGUCUCUGGUUGAGUUUCUGCAGAAGCAGCUGGUGGAGCUCUUACCCAUGUUCCUCCUGGAGCCUCAGACUCACGGAGCUCUGCCCAAAGGAAUCGAGUCAAUCGUGACCACCCUGAUGACGUCCAUGUCUCUCUUUCGUCGUUGUAAGCUCCACGCCGCUCUGUCCAUCCAGCUCUUCUCUCAUUUGUUUCACUUCAUCAGCUUGUGGCUCUUCCGGCGGCUGCUCGCCCCUCGGCCGGAGCCCGCGGCGCUGCGCUCUCACCAGUGGGGGGCGACACUGAGGCACAGGUUGGCUCCGAUAGAGGCGUGGGCGGAGAGGCAGGGGCUGGAGCUGGCUGCAGACUGUUAUCUGGGCCUCAUCAUACAGGCAACGGUGCUGUUGACCUCUGACCCCUGUGUGGAGGUGAGACCCGUUCACAUCCAGGCUCUACUGCAGGAAUACAACUACAGACCCCACGAGAGGGACAGCGACUGGGUUGCUGGUCUGGUCUCUGUGGAUCGUCUGGAUGUUCCUCUAGAGGAGAGUCUGACCCUACAACAGCCCCUCCUGCUGCCUGAACAUGGGUACUGCAGCCAGGCGCUCCAAGGGGUUCCACCAGGACUCACCGAGUUUAUGGAGACAGUCUGCAAGAAAGGUGUGUGCUCCGUGACCCCUCAGCCUCUGGCCUCAGGAGACUGGACAGUCCAUUUCGGUGCCCUCUCCUGUGAGAUGUCGGACCUGGAGCCUCGCAGAGAGCCACAGGUGGAGCCUCGCAGAGAGCCACAGGUGGAGCCUCGCAGAGAGCCACAGGUGGAGCCUCGCAGAGAGCCACAGGUGGAGCCUCGCAGAGAGCCACAGGUGGAGACUGUGGCUCUGGACAAGCCUCAGAACAGUGGUCUGGGCCUCAGCAUCGUCGCGGCUAAGGGAGCAGAUCAGACUGAGCUGGGCAUUUACAUCAAGUCCAUCGUGAAAGGAGGUCCUGCAGAAAAGAGCGGGCGUCUGUCCUGUGGAGACCAGCUCCUCAGAGUGGAUGGUCAGAGUCUUAUGGGCCUGAGCCAGGACAGAGCGGCCGAGGUGCUGCUGCAGACCGGUGCUCUGGUCACUUUACACGUUGAGAAACUCGCUGCAGAACGCCACGGUUUAGAGGAACUCCUGACAGUCAAACACCAGGAAAAAAGAACGAGCAAGAACUAUUCAGAAACAAGUGAGAACUAUACGAGAAUCAUUAAGACACAGCAGGUCAGUCUGACCCUCUGA